AUGUCGAACCAUAAUACAACUGGACAGAACGACAGCACCAUGAUGCAGCCUUGCAAGCCCAAGCGCAAAUCGGUUCAAUUCGGAAGGAUUUCCUAUUCUGACGACUCGAACGACAAGGAACUGUCCGUCCACGAACAAAUGGAAAACCCCUGCAAGUUCAUGGAGCGUAGUGCCAUGUGUUCUUCCAAACAUAUUCCUCCACCUUCUCCUCCACAAAGGAAGGCUUCGGCUGAGGUCGUCUGGGACGAGCAUGAAUUCGCUUAUGAGGAGGAGGAGGAGGAAUCCAAUGCUACCACCAGCAUGGGACUCUCUUCGAUUUCCAUGAAUUCCCUAUUGGACAGUCUUGUUACGAAUGAACAUGCUGAAGAACAAAAGGAGCAAGAGGAGGAAAGUUAUCACAGUCGUGACAGUAUUUUAUACAACAGUCCCUUGAUCAGUUCACGCAAAACUCCAUCAGCAUCUCCACUCGCACCCACUCGAACAAGCCGUCCACGAUUGGGUUUGUCUCCCUCGCAGCGACCCCCAGUCUUUCCAGCACGCUGCUUGUGA